AAUGUAACAGAUGUUACUGAUCAUCAAAACUCUAGCAAAACAUCAACUUCGAUGAUUUCUAGUACUCUAUUUACUGAUCUCACCAACUAUAAUAUGCUAUUUCAUCAGCAAUAUCCUACUCUUUCAUUUUUUAUGAAUCCAUUAGCUUUAAACAAAGCCACUAUAAUUAAUCAAGAAAAUUCAUCAUUAAAGAACAAACUUGAAAUCUCAGAACCAGUUUCUGAUGAUGAUUUGAUUUCAGAUACAAACUCUGUUUCUUCUAAAACAUUACAAAAAGCAAAAGAUCAAAGAGAAAAGGAUCAUAUUUGGAAUAAGAUCAUUUUAGAAAUUCAAUCUUCAAAUUCAAAUUUAAAAAUGCAUUCAAAAACCUCAAUUCAACAAAAAUGGGAAUCUAUUUAUCAAAAAUAUCAAAAUAUUAAAGAUGUAAUUAAAAAUACUGAUGAAGAAGCUAUACAGAAUGAAUGGGAGUUCUUUGAUAAUAUAGAUAUUUAUAUGAAAAAUUUCCAAGUAUUAUUUCAUUUAUUACUAGUGAUUCAAUUCAUGGAAUUAAAUGUUCUAAACCUGAUAAUGCAAUAA